CAAUUGAACAAGGCAUUCACGGGCAUCGUGAUAUCACAAAGGCGUCAACUCAGGCGAAGUCUGGCUAUCGUGAACUUUUGGGGAGUUAGCAAGGGCUGUUUUGGAUUCGGCGUCGCAGUUAGCAUUGCAUUCGAUAGUGUAGUGCCAACAGAGUCGGGAGGAGGGUGUUCGUUCACUGAGAGACUGCCACGACUGGUCACACACACGUCUCCACACUCACGCCAAAUCGUGUUGUGUGUGUACAACGAGUAAACAAGAAUUUCGGGUUAUUGUGUGUGCAUUGUGUGUCUGUGUCUCUAUGCUGCAAAAGUGUUAGUGUGUACCGACCGAUUGUUUCACCAGUUCACUAGUCUCGUGCGAGUUGACCUGAACGUAAGAUCAGCAUUUCGAUCAUUGAACGUAAGUGAAAGUGAUUCGCUGAGCAUGUCGGCCAUUAUUGGUGGUUAGUGAAAGUGUCCAGGAACAAGAGCGGGGAGAAAAGUCUAUCAAAGAAAAAGUCCCACGAACGAGCGAACGCUAAAAACUCAAUCGAAUUUCCGAAAAGAGUUUUCUUUUUUUUAGUAUAUCUGUAGAGAGCCCAACUACCAACAAGAGAUCCAUCAUGGCUCUCAACGCCACCACACGAUUCAGUGACAAUUACGAACUGAAAGAGGAAUUAGGAAAAGGAGCCUUUUCGAUUGUGCGACGAUGCGUCCAGAAAUCGACUGGAUUGGAGUUUGCUGCCAAGAUAAUCAACACCAAGAAGUUGUCUGCUCGAGAUUUCCAGAAAUUGGAACGAGAGGCGCGAAUUUGCCGCAAACUCCAACACCCCAAUAUUGCUACACAUGAACCCUAUGGUGGUCAUUGGAGAGGGAAGGGUGAUCAAGCUUUGCUUCGACUCCACGACAGCAUACAGGAGGAGAGCUUUCACUACCUCGUAUUUGACCUGGUGACGGGUGGCGAACUCUUCGAGGACAUUGUCGCCCGUGAAUUUUACAGCGAAGCGGACGCGUCCCACUGCAUCCAGCAGAUCUUGGAGAGUGUCAAUCACUGUCACCAAAACGGCGUCGUACACAGGGAUCUCAAGCCGGAAAAUCUGUUGUUGGCCAGCAAAGCGAAAGGAGCCGCAGUCAAGUUGGCCGACUUUGGUCUAGCCAUUGAAGUUCAGGGCGAACAGCAAGCUUGGUUCGGCUUCGCUGGAACGCCCGGAUACCUGUCACCGGAGGUGCUCAAGAAGGAACCUUAUGGGAAACCUGUGGAUAUCUGGGCCUGUGGUGUCAUUUUGUACAUUUUACUGGUUGGAUACCCUCCUUUCUGGGAUGAGGACCAGCAUCGAUUGUACGCACAGAUCAAAGCCGGCGCUUACGACUAUCCGUCACCGGAAUGGGAUACGGUGACACCGGAAGCCAAAAAUUUGAUCAAUCAAAUGCUGACUGUCAACCCCGCCAAGCGCAUCACGGCCGCCGAAGCCCUCAAACACCCAUGGAUCUGCCAACGAGAACGCGUUGCUUCCGUGGUCCACAGACAGGAGACAGUCGACUGCCUCAAGAAAUUCAAUGCUCGUCGCAAAUUAAAAGGCGCCAUCUUGACGACAAUGUUGGCAACAAGAAACUUUUCCAGCCGGAGCAUCAUCAACAAGAAGAGCGACGGUUCAAACGUCAAAGAAUCAACCGACAGCAGCACGACAAUCGAAGAGGACGACGUCAAAGAAAAAUCCAAAGGAGUCGUGGAUCGCAGUUCAACCGUCAUUGCCAAAGAGCCUGAAGUGACGCAAUCGGCUUUGGCAGAUAGCGGAGUCGCCUCCUGCCAAGCCUCGUCUAAUUCAACGGCGCCAGACGCAGUUGGCACCGGGAGCGCCUCCGUAGCGAGUGCGGCGCAAAGAGCUAGUGCCGAAGCAGCGAUGAUGGCCAAAGCUCUUGCAUCGCUGACGGCCGCCAGCGCCUCGACCGUCGCCUCCUCGUCGGCCGCUUCUGGCGGCGGUGGGGGCAGCGGUGUCAACAAACCGGCCAUCCUUAGCGCCAUCCUCCGCACGGCCGUUCCAGAUCAAGCGACGAAAAUGGAGAAGAGUCAGGCCGUUCCAGUGGCUUCAACCACCGCUACGGCCACUCUGCAACAUCAUCGCGUUGGCACACAGCCAGCUGAUCCAAUGCGACCGGACGUUCGACCAACCGCCUCGGCAAAGACGUGCUCCCAGUUGCCCAACAACUGGAACGGCUCAGCGAGGAAACAAGAGAUCCUUAAGCUUACGGAGCAGCUACUGGAGGCCAUCAGCGCUGGUGAUUAUGAAACCUACGCGAAAAUAUGCGACCCACACGUGACGUCGUUUGAACCGGAAGCUUUGGGCAAUCUCGUGGAAGGACUCGAAUUCCACAAGUUUUUCUUCGACAAUCUGCUAGGCAAAAAUUGCAAAUCAAUCAAUACGCUGAUCCUCAAUCCUCACAUCCAUUUAAUGGGCGAGGAUGCGGCCUGUAUCGCAUACGUCCGCCUGACUCAAUUCGUGGACAAGCAAGGACAAGCGCAUACGCAGCAGAACGAAGAGACCCGUGUGUGGUACCGCCGCGACGGCAAGUGGCUAAAUGUUCACUUUCACCGUUCCGGAGCCUCAACUCCCUGUACUCUUCCGUACCACCAAAACAAAUAACAACACCCACACACACACAACAAGCUAAUCUCCCACUUCUGUUUCUUCUUUUCUUCUAUUUGUCCACAUCGGAAAAAAAAAAUUAGCUUUUUAUUGUCUUGUCAUGAUUUCUAAAAUCCCUCCCCCCAUCACGAUCUAAUUCGAAAUUUGAAAAAAAAAAAAAAACUAAAAAAAAAAAAAUAUGGAAUCCAUUUGAAGAGGAAGUUGAAAAAGAGGUUGGGUGUGAUUCGUUACACGAUCGGGUAGCACCGACCGUGCGUGAACGUCCGAUUUUGUCGGGCUUCUUUUUUUUUUUUUUUUUUUUUUUUUUACUGGAAUUUUCUUUCUCCCUCCUUUGUAUUGUGAUUCUUUUUCAUGACUGUUUUGACGUUUUGUCCUCUGAUGUGAAGGCAAUCAGCAAGAAAGAAAAGAAAGAAUUAA